GGUGUCAAAGCGACCAACAAACACCAGAAUAAGAAGGAGAAGGCGAAGAAGAAGUGCACCGUUCGACCAGGACUGAAGAUGGCUGAGCUCCAGACGAAGUUUGAUGCAGCAGCGGCUGAGGUGAAACAGCUGAAGGCAAAGCCGGCAGAUGAAGAGAUGCUGCAGAUCUACGCCCUGUUCAAGCAGGCCUCCGUGGGAGACAUCAACACAGAUCGCCCGGGGAUGUUUGAUUUCACUGGGAAAGCUAAAUGGGAUGCCUGGGAAAAGCAGAAAGGCAAGAGCAAAGAGGAUGCCAUGAACGAGUAUAUCAAGUUGGUGGAGGACCUGAAGGCCAAGUAUGGGGUCUAACGCCAUGUGAUUAGAGCCAGCAGCCCAGGAGACCACCACCAGACAUCCUUCAUUCUAAUACUGUAAAAUGCCUUAUGACACAUGCAGUGUGUCCUUCAUUAACCUUCCAUCAGGAUUUAGGUUUUAAUGUUGUCAUCAUGUGUCUGCACAGAGUCCUGCCAUUUCAAUAUAAAUCAGCCUUCUCUGAU